GUGCGUGCGUGCGUGCGUGUGUGUACGUGACAGACAGACUCAGACAGAAAAUGGGAUUUCGAGGAAGAAGGAGGGGGAGGAUUUGGAGAGGCAGAGAAAAAGAGUGAGUGUUUUGGAGAGGCAUAGAGGGAGAAAGGGAUGAUUUGGAGAGGGAGAAAGGGAUGAUUUGGAGAGGCAGAGAGGGAGAAAGGGAUGAUUUGGAGAGGCAGAGAGGGAGAAAGGGAUGAUUUGGAGAGGGAGAGAGGGAUGAUUUGGAGACGCAGAGAGGGAGAAAGGGAUGAUUUGGAGAGGCAGAGAGGGAUGAUUUGGAGAGGCAGAGAGGGAGAAAGGGAUGAUUUGGAGAGGCAGAGAGGGAGAAAGAGAUGAUUUGGAGAGGGAGAGAGGGAUGAUUUGGAGAGGCAGAGAGGGAGAAAGGGAUGAUUUGGAGAAGCAGAGAGGGAGAGAGGGAUGAUUUGGAGAGGCAGAGAGGGAGAAAGGGAUGAUUUGGAGAGGCAGAGAGGGAUGAUUUGGAGAGGCAGAGAAAGAGAAAGAGAGGGAGGAUUUGGAGAGGCAGAGAAAGAGAAAGAGAGGGAUGAUUUGGAGAGGCAGAGAAAGAGAAAGAGAGGGAUGAUUUGGAGAGGCAGAGAAAGAGAAAGAGAGGGAUGAUUUGGAGAGGCAGAGAAAGAGAAAGAGAGGGAUGAUUUGGAGAGGCAGAGAAAGAGAAAGAGAGGGAGGAUUCGGUUGGGUGCUUGCGGCCGCAUGCGGAACAUGAUGUCAGAGGAAUGCCCUGCGCCGCUCCUCAUAGCUGACUGGAACAGCAGCCACCUUCCUCUCUCUCUCCCUCCCCGUCUCCCUUUCCUUCAGCAUCCGGCCCAGCAGCUGGAGCUUGAAGCUAAUGAAGGGAGUGGAAGGGAAGAAGGGAGCAAGGGAGGCAAAAAGGGAGAGAGACAGAGGGAGAGGCAAAGUUUGGUGUGACACAAAGAGAGGAGGAUAAGUUGGACUGGGACAGUAAAGGAGUGGGAAGGAAGGGAACAGAACAGGAGUCCAUAAAGCUGCACUGAGCUCUAUAGUAAUGCAGACCUGUGAGUCAUGGCUGUGGUCUGUAUAGGAAUGGAACAGAACAGUAGUCUGUAGAGCUUGGGCUCCGGUAAUGUCGACUGGGCUGUGGUCUGUGUACUUAGCAGGGAUCCGGUGACUGAAGGACACAGAGGCUACAUGGAGCAGUCAGACACCUUAACACAGAGUGGGAAUUUGCUUACAGGCUUCAGGAUAUCCACUCGGUGAAGAUGUAGUCCGUUUGGUUUCCGUGGAGAUGUCUCUAAACAGGGCCUCCUCUUGUCGCAUCCCUCCUGCCCUGUUGCCGUGGCUACUGUGGACUCUGUGGGUUCUACUCGUCCCCAUGACCGUCGCCUCGACCACGGGCCCCGGCAACAGCACCCUGCUCUUCAACAGUGCUGCCCACGGCAACAGCCUGCGGAAAUGCAGCUGCUCCACCCACAUCCAGGACUGUGACGAGGCGUUGGCAAACCUGCUGUGCAGCUGCCGCACCAUGUCGCACUCAGAGCUGACCCCUGGGGGCCUGAGAGAGCAGGGUAGCUUGACCAUGUGGCUCAGAGAGCCUUGGGUCCUCACAGAGCUACUGAAUGGGAGUGUGGUGCCAGACCUGCGCCUGUCCUACUGUGGACCCGGGUCCCUGGCCAUCCCCACCCAGUACCUGGCCCUGUUCGGUCUCCGUAGGCUGAGGGUCCACAGCGCUGCCCAGGGUGCCCCACACCCGGAGCAGGUCCUCACAAUCGCCUCUGGGACUGAGGAUAUAGACGGGAUGGGGUCCCUAGCCUCCACUGACCCCUCGUCUAUCCUCCAUGUCUCCUUCCUGGAUGUAGCGUUGCUUAAUGGCUUAUCGUCCCUAAAGGCCUACAGUGUGAGCGCCCCUCCCAUGCCCACCCUCUCCCAGUACUUCCCCCACCUGCCCCUGUACCCCUCCACCACCUUGGACCAGCACCUGUACCCCUCCACCCCUCUGGACCAGCCCCCAGACCCCCAACAGGACUGCCUCUUCACCUUCAUCUACUAGACCUGUAGGCUCUGAGCAGAGAGCAGGGCUGGGUCAGUCCCUCAGCUAAAUAGAUCUAUGGAAACUAGACUGGGCUGGAUGGAUAACACUGAAGUGGUAAGUGCAAGAGCUCCAUUCACCCUGAUGUUACUGAAUGGACUUGAUGUGCAGAGAGCUAUGCUGCUUUUCAAUUUGUUUCUAUAUAGUGCGUGUCUACGCUGCAGAAAACACUAUUCCAAUAUCCACAAGAAGACUCUGGACAAGACAACCAUCUCUGAGAAGAAGAAGGAGGCAUCUUGCAGUAUCAAUGCAAGAGCAAGGCAGAGAAGAAGAGAUGGAAAGAGACUGAGAACGAGACAGAGAACAAGACAAGGACGGCAUCCGUCUGCUGCUCUAAAGACUAACAGAAAGCUUGUAGGCCUGCUGUUAUGAAUGCUAUCAGACAGUUAACUUGUAGGCCUGCUGUUAUGAAUGCUAUCUGACAGUUAGCUUGUAGGCCUGCUGUUAUGAAUGCUAUCUGACAGUUAGCUUGUAGGCCUGCUGUUAUGAACGCUAUCAGACGGUUAGCUUGUAGGCCUGCUGUUAUGAAUGCUAUCAGACAGUUAGCUUGUAGGCCUGCUGUUAUGAAUGCUAUCAGAUAGUUAACUUGUAGGCCUGCUGUUAUGAAUGCUAUCAGAUAGUUAGCUUGUAGGCCUGCUGUUAUGAAUUCUAUCAGACAGUUAGCUUCUAGGCCUGCUGUUAUGAAUGCUAUCAGAUAGUUAGCUUAUAGGCCUGCUGUUAUGAAUGCUAUCUGACAGUUAGCUUGUAGGCCUGCUGUUAUGAAUGCUAUCAGACAGUUAGCUUAUAGGCCUGCUGUUAUGAAUGCUAUCAGACAGUUAACUUGUAGGCCUGCUGUUAUGAAUGCUAUCAGAAAGUUAGCUUGUAGGCCUGCUGUUAUGAAUGCUAUCAGACAGUUAACUUGUAGGCCUGCUGUUAUGAAUGCUAUCAGAAAGUUAGCUUGUAGGCCUGCUGUUAUGAAUGCUAUCAGACAGUUAGCUUGUAGGCCUGCUGUUAUGAAUGCUAUCAGACAGUUAGCUUAUAGGCCUGCUGUUAUGAAUGCUAUCUGACAGUUAGCUUAUAGGCCUGCUGUUAUGAAUGCUAUCUGACAGUUAGCUUUGCCAGCUGCUCUUUUCUUCAGUUAUUCGGUGCAGAUGGCCUAUUAAGGCAUGUUGUUUUGAAGCAGGUUACCAUGGCUCCCCUAUAAAUGGGUCUUCCUGGUUGGAACCCUAAUGGAUCGUCAGGUCAUGUGACUGUUCUUAGUUUAACUGUACGGUUGUGGACCCACCUUAAGCUGGACUUGGUUGGGUUUUGUAAUUCAAGAUGAAGCUGACGUAGAAGCCUUUUGGACUGGUGUGCUCUGGUGACUGGGUCCGUCGGGCCCAUGCUGGAUUGAUUACAUCACUGUGUUUCUGGUGUUCUAGAAUACAGGGCCUGUCCUGGAACGGCCUUGGUCUCACCCCUAUGGUCCACAAUAUGUCAUUCUGCUCAUGUUCUAGAAUGAGCAUGUCUGUACCCUUUUAGUUUUUAAGUAGUACCCUGGCCAGGGAUUAGACCAUGUUAGUAAAAGUUAAUACAUCUUACCCUUGGUUUAAAAAAAUAAUAAUAAUAAGAGGGGGAAGAAGGAACAUCACAAGAGGUGUUAGGAAAUAUUUUCUGAUCUCCAACUCAAAAAAACAAAUAGCACAUGUUUUAUUUUUAGCUGACAUCCGGAGAGAGACAUAGUCAUAUCAUUCAUCUAAAACCACCCUCACAAACCGACUGCAGUCAACACUUCUGUUCUGCGUGUGCAUGUGCCUAGGCGUGCAAGUGUACAUGCAUAUUCUUAUAUACGUCUGGUAAAUAAUUGUUGAAGAUGGGUGACGUGACGCUUCAGUUCCUCUGCCUGCCCUGUGGUGAGCAAUGGUGGGUAUUUUCUAGAUUAGGUCACUCCAGAACACACUCACUAAUGACUGUUGGGAAAUGAAGUUUUCUAGAUUAGGUCACUCCAGAACACACUCACUAAUGACAGUUGGGAAAUGAAGUUUUCUAGAUUAGGUCACUCCAGAACACACUCACUAAUGACAGUUGGGAAAUGAAGUUUUCUAGAUUAGGUCACUCCAGAACACACUCACUAAUGACUGUUGGGAAAUUAAGUUUUCUGGAUUAUUCUACAUUGACAUGACACUACAACAUUCAGACGCAUCAGAUCCCAACCAGAUCCAUGUAUUUAAGAGAGCUGGCAAUGCUGAAUAUGGUCUCUAAUUCUACACAUUCGGUUAUAUAGCAUUAGUGAAAUAUUCCAGUGGAAUACUAAAAAAUGUCCUAUGUCAUGUUAAUGAGGACCGAACACAUCUCGGAUACAAUCUCUCAAGCACAGGCUCUCUCUGUAGAGACAGAAACCUGACGCUAGUGCUUCCCAUUUGGAGAAUUUAGGUCACACCUCUGGGGAACCAUUUACUGUGGAUUAAACAUUUAGGCUAGGUCGUCACAAAAUGUGUCGCUCCUCACGCUCACUGUCUGCACCCUAAAGUAUAUCUCAGUCACUCACAAUCUGGGCAGAACGAUCCAUGAGCCUCCGUAGCAGGAGAUGGGUGUUUGUGUUUCAUGUCAUGUUUAUUAACUAGUGUUGCUACUUUGAUUCAAGCACUUUUUUUCUUCACUGUAUCAUAUCAGGAUAUUUUUUGAAGGUAGCUACAGUUGAAAUUUGAAGUUCACAUACACCUUAGCCAAAUACAUUUAAACUGAGUUUAUCACAAUUCCUGACAUUUAAUCAUAGUAACAAUUCCCUGUUUUAGGUCAGUUAGGAUUACCACUUUAUUUUAAGAAUGUGAAAUGGCAAAAUAACAGUAGAGAGAAUGAUUUAUUUCAGCUUUUAUUUCUUUCAUCACAUUCCCAGUGGGUCAGAAGUUUACAUACACUCAAUUAGUAUUUGGUAGCAUUGCCUUUAAAUUGUUUAACUUGGGUCAAACGUUUCGGAUAGCCUUCCUUAAGCUUCCCACAAUAAGUUGGGUGAAUUUUGUCCCAUUCCCCCUAACAGAGCUGGUGUAACUGAGUCAGGUUUGUAGGCCUCCUUGCUCGCACACGCUUUUUCAGUUCUGCCCACAAAUUUUCUACAGGAUUGAGGUCAGGCCUUUGUGAUGGCCACUUCAAUACCGUGACAUUGCUGUCCUUAAGCCAGUUUGCCACAACUUUGGAAGUAUGCUUGGGGUCAUUGUCCAUUUGGAAGACCCAUUUGCGACCAAGCUUUAACUUCCUGACUCAAGUCUUGAGAUGUUGCUUCAUUAUAUUCACAUAAUUUUCCUAUCUCAUGAUGCCAUCUAUUUGGUGAAGUGCACCAGUCCCUUCUGCAGCAAAGCACCCCCACAACAUGAUGCUGCCACCCCUGUGCUUCAUUUUUGGGAUGGUGUUCUUCGGCUUGCAAGCCUCCCCCUUUUUCCUCCAAACAUAACGAUGGUCAUUAUGGCCAAACAGUUCUAUUUUUGUUUCAUCAGACCAGAGGACAUUUCUCCAAAAAGUACGAUAUUUGUCCCCAUGUGCAGUUGCAAACCGUAGUCUGGCUUUUUUAUGGCAGUUUUGGAGCAGUGGCUUCUUCCUUGCUGAACGGCCUUUCAGGUUAUGUCAAUAUAGGACUCAUUUUACUGUGGAUAUAGAUACUUUUAUACCUGUUUCCUCCAACAUCUUCACAAGGUCCUUUGCUGUUGUUCUGGAAUUGAUUUGCACUUUUUGCACCAAAGUACGUUCAUCUCUAGGAGACAGAAGGCGUCUCCUUCCUGAGCAGUAUAACAGCUGCGUGGUCCCAUGGUGUUUAUACUUGCGUACUAUUGUUUGUACAGAUGAACGUGUUAUUUUUUGGAAAUUUGGAAUUUGGCAUUUGGAAAUUGCUCCCAAGGAUGAACCAGACUUGUGGAGGUCUACAAUUCUUUUUCUGAGGUCUUGGCUUAUAUCUUUUGAUUUUCCCAUGAUGUCAAGCAAAGAGGCACUGAGUUUGAAGGUAGGCCUUCAGGCAUUUGGAAAUUGCUCCCAAGGAUGAACCAGACUUGUGGAGGUCUACAAUUCUUUUUCUGAGGUCUUGGCUUAUAUCUUUUGAUUUUCCCAUGAUGUCAAGCAAAGAGGCACUGAGUUUGAAGGUAGGCCUUGAAAUACAUCCACAGGUACACCUCCAAUUGACUCAAAUCAUGUCAAUUAGCCUACCAGAAGCUUCUAAAGCCAUGACAUCAUAUUCUGGAAUUUUCCAAGCUGUUUAAAGGCACAGUCAACUUAGUGUAUGUAAACUUCUGACCCACUGGAAUUGUGAUACAGUGAAUUAUAAGUGAAAUAAUCUGUGUGUAAACAAUUGUUGGAAAAAUUACCUGUGUCGUUGCACAAAGUAGAUGUCCUAACCGACUUGCUAAAACUAUAGUUUGUUAACAAGAAAUUUAUGGAGUGGUUGAAAAACUAGUUUUAAUGACUCUAACGUAAGUGUAUGUAAACUUUCGACUUCAACUGUAUGCUUUGCAGAAAAGUGUAUAAAUCACAUAUAGAUAAGUACAGGCUCUCUGGUGUUGGGACUGGCUGUAUAAAUUGCUCUGGGUACAAGCCUUCGAUGACAUAUUUAAUACGUCAUCAAUAAAUCACGUAUCACAGUUUGGUGGCUUUUAUUUGUGUAUAAUUUGGUUCAAGGCAGAUUAUUGACUGGUUUAUAAGGUAGAAAUCAUUUGUUUAUAUAGGUGAGUUAUGGUCUCUGUCUACACUCUAUUAAUGUUGAAUAUGAGUAUUAUGUUAUUAAAAACCAAUAAAAGUGACAAUGUCUAAAACGCUA